UUAAGCCUCUGUGUACUGUUUUGAUAUGUCCAAAAAAUUUUCAGCUUAAUUUUUUAUUUUCAUUUUUUUUUUAGCAGAACCAACAUAAACAAAUUGUGAGUUUUGUUUAGAUUCUAAAAAGUAGAUUAAAUAUAAUAAAAUGGUUGAAAGGUCUCUUUCGUGUUUGUAAAUACGUUGCUUUCAAGAGGUGUGGUAGAUGGGUUUGUUUCUUUUUCCAUAUUUUUCUAUUUUUGCAUUUGGUCUUAUUAAAAUCACCAUUAGUCUCUAUCUGCCAGUGUGGUGUCAAAUGUCUGUUUCUGGAUUUGCUUUUGGACUUCUUAUUAACUUGCUCUCAAUGUCAUCAUAUUUUGAUUGGUUUCCCCCAUUUUAGAAUUAUCCAUUCUUUGAACUUUCUUGGCUGUGUUCUGCUUUCAUUCAAUUAAUGCUAGAAAUUUCUGGGUGAGUUGUUGAGUGUCAGUUCGUGUUGUACUCAGCUAUUUUUUCAGUGUUUUUCAGGUAAUAAUGGUUGUUAAAGAAUUGUUACUAUGGUUUUGUAAGUUUCUUAUGCAGGAGAAGUCCUGCUGGUUCGAAUGUUGACUAAAUUUAUUUUGGAGAUAGAUCUGUUGCAAAUAUGUUGAGGAAGUAGGAGGUUACUCAAGUUUCUGUUAAAUUGUCAUUUAUUAGAUUGGAGGAUUUUAGAUCAAAGAAGUUUUGGGGGCAGACCUCUGAUCCUAAUGAAGUGUUGAAAUAAAUGAAGCUUCAAGUGGAAGUCGCCCUUGCUUGCCUCAUUGGUUUUAUCUGGAUUCAACAAGGUUUUUGUGUUGGUGGUGCAGAUGAACCUUCCACUAGAUCAGGCUUAAACAAUUGGACAUGGACGUGUUCAUUGCCAUAUCAAGGAAAUCAGAGUUAUGUUAAAUCCAACUGUUCUACAUCCUGUGAUUGCAAUAUAGCUGGAGGACCAAAUGGAGGUACAUGGACAUGUGUAUGUGCCGCUGAUGGAUUUCCUAAGAUUGCCUCUGCCAGUCUUGAUAGUGCCUGUUUUACAUCCUGCAACUGCACUUCUGGAUCUCUUGCAGAAAAUGGAGCUAGAAGAAAUCAUUUUUCUGGGAAAGUUGUUGUGAUCAUUUUGCUACUGUGUGUCAUACUUAUAACGCUCACCUUUCUUGCUUCCAUAACAUGCUAUGUCUAUCGAAAGGACAAAUGCCCUAUCCAGCCACCAAUGUUCUCCUCUGACAGAGAUACAAGUUACAAUAGUGCUACUAACUUAAUAAGUCAUAAGGCGUCUUCAGUAUCAGAAAUCAAAGUCAGUAUUAAUUCGCCGAUUAAUCCUAUCUCAGGGUGUUUUCGCAGGGCUGCUUUAUUGUGUAGGAGUGAUUCAGAGAUUAUACAUGGCACCAUAUUCCGAUUUUCAUACUCUGAAUUGGAUCAUGCUACAAAUAAGUUCUCCAAUUCCAAUCUUAUAGGACUUGGUGGAAGCAGCUACGUAUAUCGUGGUCAGCUUAGAGAUGGUAAAAUUGUAGCAAUUAAGCGACUUAAAGCUCAGGGAGGACCUGAUGCAGAUUCUGUCUUUUCAAAAGAGGUUGAAGUGCUGUCAAGACUCCACCAUUGUCAUGUUGUGCCCUUGGUUGGCUACUGCUCAGAAUCCCAAGGGAAACAUUCUGAAAGGUUGCUGGUCUUUGAAUACAUGCCUAAUGGUAACUUGAGGGAUUGUUUGGAUGGAGUUUUGGGGGAAAGCAUGAAAUGGGAAACUCGUGUUACAAUUGCAAUAGGAGCUGCUAGGGGCCUAGAAUAUCUCCACGAAGCAGCUGCUCCAAGAAUUUUGCACAGAGAUGUCAAAUCCACAAAUAUUCUCCUGGAUGAGAACUGGAGAGCAAAAAUUACUGAUCUUGGUAUGGCUAAACGAUUAAAAGCUGAUGGUGUUCCCAGCAGUUCCAGUUCUCCUACAAGAAUGCAGGGCACUUUUGGCUAUUUUGCACCCGAAUAUGCAAUGAUCGGGAGGGCCUCUCUCAUGUCAGAUGUUUUUAGUUUUGGGGUGGUUCUCCUUGAGCUUAUCACUGGUCGACAACCCAUCCAUAAAUCAACCAACAAAGGAGAGGAAAGCCUUGUCUUAUGGGCUACUCCUCGUUUACAGGACAGUAGGCGAGUAAUGUCAGAUUUGCCUGAUCCGCGUUUGAAAGGUAAUUUCCCAGAAGAAGAGAUGCAGAUAAUGGCUUACCUAGCAAAAGAAUGCUUGCUGUUGGAUCCUGAUGCCCGACCAACCAUGAGUGAGGUUGUACAAAUCCUCUCAACUAUUGCACCAGAUAAGUCUAGAAGGAGAAACAUCCCCAUAAAUUUCUUUCAGAGGUCUUCCUCCCGCAGCAUAAAAAGUGAAUCAUACAUUCAAAAACUAGAUAGUCAAGUUGAAGGUUCUAUUCAUGCUGCAGAACUGAGACGAGACAUGUCAGUUAAACAGUCGGCCCAGUGUUCGAUGCCAUUGGAUGCUGACCAUAGUCUCUUUGUUGAACACAAUAUCAAAGGAGCAGAUCCUGUUUCAUCUGAGUAUAUGGAAAGACUGAUUCUCUUGACAUCGAAAGCUAGGAGUUGGCGUGCCAGGGAUGAUGAAGCUGUGGACUUAAUGGAACCUCGGUUUGAAGCAUUCCACAUGGCAAAUAGAUCUCCUUGACAAACUAGACAUAUGAGCAAACGUUUGAUUUAGGAAUAUGCAGUUUGCUGGUACAAGUCUUGUUUUGGUUUCUUUAAUAGAGAGGAAGCAAGAAAAAGGUUUUUGAGGUUCCCCAUUUGAUCUUCCUUUUUUUUUUUUUUGCCCUUUUUCAGUUAAUAGAAGAAAGGUCUCAGGCAAAUCGUCAUAUAGCCUAUUUUUUAUUUUUUUUUCAUUUUUUUUAUGUACAGCAAAAGUAACUAUAGAAAAUUCUAUUGUUUUUUUUUUUUUUUGGGAUUUGAUGUACUUAGCUUGAUGGUCACAUCAUGCAUUGUAUAUGAAACAAUGUUUUGAGGUACAAAAUGAUAUUCCUCUGUGAAUCUAAUCAGUGGCCUGCCUUCUGAGCAA